UGCGCUUUAAUGACGUAACAGAUUCAAAGUGCGGGCGAAGGUGGGAGACGUUGCCAGUGCGGUGGUGCGAUGCUGGUGAACCGGAAUAAUAGCGAGGCAGUGGCAUGCGGUGGCUGGUCGGGAGCUGAGGCAGGGGAAGCCCGGCACACCGAGCGACCGUCCGGCGGAGAAACUGGGCUCCAUGACAAGAUGCCAACCUUUUCCGUCAUGUACAAAGGAGCUGUCAUCAUUAGCAGGACACUCAUGGGUUCAUAUGGUGUCGACAGAACUGUUCAUUCCAUGGACUUUACAGAUUGCGAGAAUGGCUUGGGAAUUAAAGUGAUUGGCGGCGUGAAGGAGCUAACUGGAGAAGAGUUUGGAGUUUAUGUUAAAAGGAUUUUACCUGGUGGCCUUGCUUCAAGUGAUGGAAACCUGUUACCAGGAGACCAAAUCUUGGAGGUAAAUGGAGAAAGUCUAAUCGGUGUCACAAGUGAAAGAGCUGUGGACGUCUUGAGAGCGGCUUCAGCAACCAAUCACAUGCGACUUCUCAUAGCCAGGGAUGAGGAGGCAAAGAAAGAAUUUGCUGAGCUACUGGAAAAAUAUGGCUCCAAUGGUAGCACAGGAUCAACUCGCAACUCUCCGAUACAACAAGGAGGUCGUUACUUGGAAAGUACUUCGUCUGGUUCCUCAUCUCGUUCCCAGAGUCCUUUGCUGUUGAGCCCAGCUGGGUCUCAGAACAUGUACAACAGCAGCGGAUCGAUGCUGCGCUCACUCAGUCACCCAGGUGAAGGAGUGAUUCAACUCAUUUCUGUGACUCGAUCCAACAGUAUGGGCAUCACUCUGGGAGGUGGCUCCAACCGCCCUGAUGGCCCAGCAGUUUUCAUCCAGGAGGUGCUGUCUGGUGGAGACUGUCACCGGGAUGGACGUCUAAGGCCAGGAGAUCAGCUCAUUGCCAUUAACAAGGAGUCGUUGAUAGGUGUAACCCACGAGGAGGCCAAAAGUAUGCUGAACAAAGCCAAAUUCAGUCAAGAAAGUGCAGUGGAGAUUGCGUUCAUCCCAGGUAAAGGACUUUUCCAAAGCAGUACAUCUCUCCACAACGGUGUCCAGCGAGCAGCAGCCAACAGUCACAACUCUGGGCGCUUAAAAGUCCACAUCCGAUCACCUGAGAUCUGUGCAGAGGAGCCUGCCCCAGUUUCCUCGCCUUCUCCUGACAUCUGUCCGCCAGAUAUCCACAUUUCAGCCAAGCAGACAAAUUGUUCUAAUGAUUCAACCAAUCAGAGGUCACCCACGGGGACUAAACCUAAGAUCACACUAGACCCCCACAUUCGGCUCAAAUCAGACAAGUUGGAUUUGGCUCUGUCCUUCCUCGGCUUGGAUGUCACAGAUGAGAAAAGAAAGAAGUUGCGACAGAGCCUGACUACAGACCCGCAAGGCACCGUGUCCUACGGAGACUUUGUAGAGGCCACACGGAUCAUUUUCCAGGACAACCUGGAGGAGCUCAGUUUAGGGGCAGGUCCCUUUAUGUUCUCCUACCACGAAGCAGCCAGUCUGAUGGACACGUCGGCCUUCCACUCCCCCACGUAUGAAUCGGAGUGCACCUAUAACAGUGAGGAGAUGGAGCAGUUUCAGACAGAGGUGAAACAGCUGCAAAGCCAGAUGAAGCAGCUCAAGGUGGUGCUAAAGGAUAUGGAGAACAGCAAGAAAACCCUUGAGGAUGAGCUUCAGAAGACCUCUGAGGUAUGGGAAUCAAAGGAGUGUCUUGUACAUCAGAAAGCGUGUUUGACGGUGGAGGAGAAUGUCCGUCUGAAGAGCCGCCUGCAAGCAGCAGAAGCUGAGGUGGUGCAGCGUCACGCGAGCAGUGCCGAGCAGGACUACGAAGAGGUGAUCCAGCUGCUGGAGGCUGAGAUUAAAGACCUAAAGAACCAGCUGGCCGGCAAGAGACAAACAGGAGGAGGCGAAGCCACAAAGGAGGAGGUGCAGGAACUGAGUAGGAGGCUGACUGCCAUCGACACUCAGCUGCGGAAGUCGGAGGUCAACAGGAAACAUCUUGAGAUGUCCAACAAGAGACUUAUGGGCUUUGCGCAGAACGUCCACAAAGUAUUAACAACACCCAGUCUGUUUGGAGGAGAACUUGGGAGUAACAGGUCAUCACCGGCCGGAGAUAGCCCAGACACCCUGUCGCCACUUCCCGAUCCCGCUUUGCAGCUAGCUGUUGAGGCCAAAGAGCUGGUGCAAGGCGUUUGCACGCUCCCUACUGACGACCAAGUGACAGAGGAGGAAGUCGCUCCAGAUGUCAGCCCUCACUACAAGUGAACCAAAACGACGACCGAGGAAAGAAUUGACCUACCCAAUCAGAUGCCGAAACCACUCUGGUACAAAACAAAGCCAACACCAUCCUACACACCUUUUCAGAGUAAGACUUUAUUUCAGAUCCGCAGGUCCUCGUAACAGAUUGAACACAAUUUAAUGCCAAAGUAUGCAUCCGAUUCGACAUCCUCAGUUUCCAGUGUGGCUUCUGGAGAUGGACUCACCCAAGACCCGAUGUAUUUCCCCUUCUAUGGACUUUGACGGACAUCUCAAUGAGAACAGUUCCCCUAUUAUUUAAACUUCAAUUGUGUUGAAGCAUGACCACAACACACAGAUGUUGUUGCAGACCCAAUAGUUCUCCCUGAACAAUUUU